AUGAAAAAGAACGUAAAGCUGCUUCUUGGGUUUGGCUUCCUCUACUUGUGCAUCUCAUUGCUUGCAGCUUCUGACAGUUUGCUCUCCCCCAAAGGUGUCAACUUUGAAGUGGCUGCAUUGAUGUCAGUGAAGAAGGAGAUGAAGGAUGAGUUGCUUGUAAUGGGUGGGUGGGAUAUCAACUCGGUUGAUCCAUGCACUUGGAACAUGGUGGGUUGCUCUGCUGAGGGAUAUGUAAUCUCCCUUGCAAUGGGCAGCUCGGGGUUAUCUGGAAUGCUUUCGCCGAGUAUUGGGAAUCUGAGUCAUCUUCGGACAUUGUUGCUACAAAACAAUCAGUUAUCUGGUCCCAUCCCAUCUGAGAUAGGGAGGCUUUCGCAGCUUGAAACUCUGGACCUUUCGGGUAACCAGUUUUCUGGAAACAUUCCGAGUUCUUUGGGGUUCCUGACUCAUCUAAGUUACUUGAGGCUGAAUAGAAAUAAGUUGAAUGGUCAAAUUCCCAGCCUUGUUGCUGAUCUCACAGGACUUUCGUUCUUGGAUUUAUCAUUUAAUAAUCUUAGUGGGCCCACACCAAAAAUACUGGCAAAAGGUUUCAGUGUCACAGGGAACAGCUUUCUUUGCAAUCCUUCGUCAACAGACUCAACACGAAUCUGCAUGGAUGUGUCAAAACCAGUAAAUGAUACAGGUUCACCACUAGAAGUCAGUGGUCACCAUCGAUGGGUACUUUCUGUUGCUCUUGGCAUUAGUUGUACAUUUGUUAUUUCUGUGAUGCUGCUUGUUUGUUGGGUGCAUUGGUACAGAUCUCGUCUUCUAUUUACAUCUUAUGUGCAGCAAGAUUACGAAUUAGAUAUAAGUCAUCUGAAGAGGUUUUCCUAUCGUGAAUUGCAACUUGCAACGAGCAAUUUUAGUUCCAAGAACAUCCUAGGACAAGGUGGAUAUGGAGUCGUUUAUAAAGGAUGUCUUCCUAAUAGAACACUGGUGGCAGUUAAGAGACUUAGAGAUCCAAAUUUCACUGGAGAAGUUCAGUUCCAAACUGAAGUUGAAAUGAUAGGCUUGGCUUUGCAUCGGAACCUUCUACGUUUAUUUGGAUUUUGUAUGACAACAAACGAGAGGUUGCUUGUUUAUCCUUAUAUGCCAAAUGGGAGUGUUGCUGACCGGCUAAGAGAGACAUGUCGAGAUAGACCAUCAUUGGAUUGGAACAGAAGACUGUGUAUCGCCCUUGGGGCUGCCCGUGGACUUGUAUACUUGCACGAACAGUGUAAUCCAAAAAUUAUUCACAGGGAUGUGAAAGCUGCAAACAUUUUGCUUGACCAAAAUUUUGAAGCUGUCGUUGGUGAUUUUGGGCUUGCUAAAUUGUUAGAUCAGAGGGAAUCACAUGUCACUACUGCAGUGCGGGGCACUGUAGGACACAUAGCUCCGGAGUAUCUCUCCACAGGACAGUCUUCUGAAAAGACUGAUGUUUUUGGAUUCGGGAUACUGCUUCUUGAGCUCAUAACAGGACAGAAGGCAUUAGAUGCUGGAAAUGGUCAAGUUCAGAAGGGAAUGAUUCUUGAUUGGGUUCGAACCUUACACGAGGAGAAGAGACUGGAAGUGCUAGUGGACAGGGAUCUAAAAGGAUGUUUUGAUGUAACCGAGCUUGAAACAUGCGCGGAGUUGGCUCUGCAGUGCACUCAGUCAAGCCCCAACCUCCGGCCCAAGAUGUCAGAUGUCUUAAAGAUCUUGGAAGGUCUUGUUGAGCAAUCAGUACAGUCAGAAGAUCCACAAGGUGGCACCAACCCAUCUGACAUCAGGACUUGCAGUUUCUCCAGGGAUUACAGUGAUAUUCGGCAAGACUCUUCAUUCAUCAUCGAAGCCAUUGAGCUUUCUGGACCUCGGUAACAACAAAGUCUCAAAUCCACCAUCAAAGUGCAACUGUAUAUGAGUUUUGCA